AUGGCGGCCAGACAUCAUCCUGAUCUGAUCAUGUGCAGAAAGCAACCGGGAAUAGCCAUCGGUAGAUUAUGCGAAAAGUGCGAUGGGAAAUGUCCAAUUUGUGAUUCAUAUGUGAGACCAUAUACCCUAGUGAGGAUAUGUGAUGAAUGCAACUAUGGAAGUUACCAAGGAAGAUGUAUCAUUUGUGGAGGAACUGGGAUAUCGGAUGCAUAUUAUUGCAAAGAAUGUUGCCUAUGCGAAAAGGAUCGAGACGGUUGUCCCAAAAUCGUGAAUUUGGGUAGUGCAAAGACGGACUUGUUUUACGAGAACAAGAAGUAUGAAUUCAAGAGGCAGUAA